CUUUUCUUUUUCAGGAAGAUGAAUUCAAAGGACGACAAGAAGACCGAUUUAUGCACCAGGCCUGUUUUUGUGCAUAACCCACUGGACGCACUGAAAGAUGACGUCCUCUACCACUUUGGUUUAGGAACUGGAACUCACGACCUUCCAACUAUGUUUGGUGAUGUCAAAUUUGUGUGUGUUGGGGGCAGUCCUUGGAGAAUGAAAGCCUUCACUGAGUACAUUGCUGCUGAGCUCGGUAUGGAAGACCCCAAUUCAGAGUACCCAAACAUCUGUGCUGGAACAGACCGCUAUGCUAUGUACAAAGUUGGCUCUGUACUGUCUGUCAGUCAUGGGAUGGGCAUCUCAUCUAUUGCCAUAAUGUUGCAUGAGCUAAUAAAGCUCCUCCAUCACGCCAAUUGCACAGAUGUUACAAUUAUACGCAUUGGGACAUCAGGUGGAAUAGGGCUUAAGCCUGGCACAGUUGUUGUUACCAAGCAGUCUAUGGAUGCCACCUUCCUGCCCAAGUUUGAGCAGGUGAUCCUGGGGAAGACUGUGGUGCGCAAUACCGAUCUGGACCAAAGCCUGGCUGAGGAGUUGUUGCAGUGCAGCAAAGAGCUGAACCAGUUUGAGACAGUGAUAGGCAACACCAUGUGUACACUGGAUUUCUACGAAGGGCAAGCCCGUUUGGAUGGUGCUUUCUGCUCCUACACUGAGAAGGAUAAACAGAACUACCUCAGUAAAGCCAGUGAAGCAGGAAUCUGCAACAUUGAAAUGGAGUCAUCAGUUUUUGCUGCAAUGUGCAAGCUGAGUGGUCUACGAGCGGCUGUGGUUUGUGUGACAUUACUGGAUCGGCUGAAGGGGGAUCAGCUGAACGAGUCUCAAGAAGUUCUUCACAGUUACCAACAACGUCCUCAGAUACUGGUUGGCUACUACAUUAGGAAACAAUUGAAGGCCAAAGCAGCAUGUAGCUAAGUGCAAUAGCUAUUACACUGAUAUGCAAGCAUUCAU